AGUUUUUUCUUUUUUGUUGUUUUUAAGGACUCCUGAAUAUAUUUGAAAACUGAACAGUUUCACCCAGGCCCAAGCAUUCUGUCUUCCCAGAGACGCAAAUCCAGCUUAGCUGAGCCACAACAGAUAUAAGUCAUCAUGGUGAAAAGCCACGUAGGCGGCUGGAUCCUGGUUCUCUUUGUGGCCACAUGGAGUGACGUGGGCCUCUGCAAGAAGCGACCGAAGCCUGGAGGAGGAUGGAACACUGGGGGGAGCCGAUACCCAGGGCAGGGCAGUCCUGGAGGCAACCGCUACCCACCCCAGGGUGGUGGCGGCUGGGGUCAACCCCACGGUGGUGGCUGGGGUCAGCCCCACGGCGGCGGCUGGGGUCAGCCCCACGGUGGUGGCUGGGGACAGCCCCAUGGUGGCGGAGGCUGGGGUCAAGGUGGUUCCCACGGUCAGUGGAACAAGCCCAGUAAGCCAAAAACCAACAUGAAGCACAUGGCAGGAGCCGCCGCGGCCGGGGCAGUGGUGGGGGGCCUUGGCGGCUACAUGCUGGGGAGUGCCAUGAGCAGGCCCCUCAUUCAUUUUGGCAAUGACUAUGAGGACCGUUACUAUCGUGAAAACAUGUACCGUUACCCCAACCAAGUGUACUACAGGCCAGUGAGUGAGUACAGCAACCAGAACAACUUUGUGCACGACUGCGUCAACAUCACGGUCAAGCAGCACACGGUCACCACCACCACGAAGGGGGAGAACUUCACCGAGACCGACGUCAAGAUGAUGGAGCGCGUGGUGGAGCAGAUGUGCAUCACCCAGUACCAGAGAGAGUACGAGGCUUUUCAACAAAGAGGGGCGAGCGUGGUCCUCUUCUCCUCCCCGCCGGUGGUCCUCCUCAUCUCUUUCCUCAUUUUCCUGAUAGUGGGAUGAGGACCGCCUUCCUGUUUCACCAUCUUCUUAAUCUUUACCAGGCUGGGGAAGGGGGUGUCUCAUUCUUGCUUCUCUCUUCUCACCCGUAGGCUAAUACCCUUGGCACUGAUGGGCACUGGGGAAUGCAGAGCAGACCCGGGAUGCUCUUUAUUCAAGCCCUGUCUGAGUCCUUCGCGGGCCAGUGCCAGUGCCAGGCUGGAAAGAGGGUAACAGCAAAUAAUAGUUGGUUGAGCUGGGCUUAUUUUUUGUCUAGUGCAACAGAUUGAGGCUAAAACAGUUCUCAAAACAGUCUUCAAAUACCUUUGCCUAAAUACUUCCGGCUCCUUCCUCAGCUAAAGUUCAGUACACUAAUGCCUCAUCUUAGCAGUGAUUUCGAGCAAUUCGGAGAAGUUUUCUCAUCCGUUUUAAGAAAACUUGACUGCAUUUUCCUGUCCAAACAGCAUUUCUGCCAAAUUUGGAAGGAGCACACAUGAUACCCAUUCAAAAAAAAAACUAGAAAUCCUUAGCUCUUGGGCCCAGGCUCAGCCGGCUGGAGAGCGUGGGCCCUGUGUCUGCAGAGAACUGUAACAAGGUUUGCAUUUUGCAGUAUGGGCUACGCAGCAGCUGUUGCAUCAAGAGUAAAGAUGUGUACAACACUAGACCUCUGGGCAGAGGACGUUUUCACAGGGAAUGAACACGACUAUCACAAUGUGAAAGGCUUCUGGGACUAAAAAAAUCCAGCAUUUGGAAGUGGUGCCCUUGGAGGCAAGCUCCCGUUCUCAAUGUUUAAAGCACCUACAUGUGGCAUUCCUUUCUUUAGUAAUUCAACUAUAGAUAAUUAAGGCAGUAAAAAAUUAAAUUACCUCCUAGACACUGAAGCAAAUCUUCGUUCGUUUACCUGGAAACGGGAAUGAUUUUGACGUUGUUUGGGUGAACCCAGGAGAUUUUAACAUGGAGCUGAAGCUGUAAAAACACCAUUAUCAUAGAGGAUUAUGGAAUGAGGAAAAUGGUUAGUGUACAAAGAAAAGAAAUGCUUGCAUUUCUUCAUUGCUGUCAUAAUUGUCAAAAACCGUAAUUAGAUUGAGUCUUUAAUUUCUGUAAUUGGCUUUUAAAUCAAAGAAUAGGGAGUUAAACCAAAAAAAAUCUUAGAUUGGAGAUGAUGGAAAUAUCCAUUCAGAGUGGAAAAAGAAAUUCUGUUAAAUAAGGUAAAAUUAUCCCCUGGAUCGUUCAAUAUGAUCACCUAGCAAAUAUAUAUUACUCUUCUGCAAUGUUAUUGGCUUGCACUGUGUGGGUAUUCUAUCAAAAAAUAUAUAUAUAUAUUGCAUAUGACAAACCUAGAAAUUUUCGUUAGAGCAGUUAACAUCUAAAGUAUCUAAUGCAUUACCUGUUUUUGUAAGGUACUAAACACCUGAUAUGUGGGAAACCCUUUUGCGUGGUCCUUAGGCUUAUAGCGUGCACUGAAUAGUUUUGUAUAAGGAUCCAAAGUGGUCUUUGAAAUAUGCAUGUACUUUAUAUUUUCUAUAUUUGUAACUUUGCAUGUACUUGUUUUGUUGUAUAAAAAAUUUAUAAAUGUUAAUAUCUGACUAAAAUUAAACAGGAGCUAAGAUGAGCAUCUUC